UCGGAUGGGAAAAAGGAAAAACGAAAGUACUCCGUAGUAAACAAACAAAAGGAGAAGGCGCGAGCAAAGCUUGCACUGCACUCUUGUGCUCCCAUCUCCGAGACGAGACAAAGAUCAUGGCGACUCCCAAACCCUAAAUCCCGCUCUCACUGGAGAGCAGAAGCAAGUAAGAGGUGGAGCAAUGGCGCGGCGGAGCAAAGGCGGCGGCGCGGAGGGGGACGGCAUGCGGAUGCAGGUGGUGUGGCGGAAGGGCGCGGUGCGGCUGGUGCUCGUCUCCGCCAUCGCCUGGGCGCUGCUCGUCAUCCUCGCCCUCGCCUUCCACCUCUGGUCCUGCAACUCCGACGUCCCCUUUCUCUCAGCUCUCUGUAAAAAAGACAGUAAAGUUCUGUAUGCGUUGGACUCCAUACGAUCCUCAUCAAAGCCACUUCACCGCUGCCCCAUACCUGUUGCAGAUGAUCCUGAUUCUAUUACCAUUCCAAAGAGAACUCCCAACACAAUCGUGAAAAGGUUGUCCUACAUAACAGUUGACAAACAGGACAAAGAUCCAUCACCGCUGUUCGGAGGACGUCAAAGCUGGAAACAGAGGGAGGACAGCUUCAAACUGAAUGCUACAAUGAAGGUGCACUGUGGAUUUAUGAAAAACAGUGGUGCGGACAUGGAUGAUGUCGAUGUCAAGUACAUACAGAAAUGCAAAUUCGUGGUUGCCUCUGGUAUAUUUGAUGGUUAUGACAUUCCCCAUCAGCCAUCAAAUAUUAGCAUUCGAUCUCAAAAGUUGUUCUGCUUCUUGAUGGUGGUAGAUGAGGUAUCCCUUGAUUUUAUUGAAAAGAAUACCACUGUCAAGUUUGAUAAGGCAGGAGGGAAAUGGGUAGGCAUAUGGCGACUUAUAACUUUACACCGCCUUCCAUUUGAUGAACCUAGAAGGAAUGGAAAAGUGCCAAAGAUAUUAACACACAGACUAUUUCCUCAAGCUUGGUAUAGCAUUUGGAUUGAUGGGAAAAUGGAGCUUAUAGUCGAUCCGUUGCUUAUUCUUGAAAGGUAUCUCUGGCGGGGAAAAUACACCUUUGCGGUAGCUGUCCAUAAGCAUCAUAAGAGCAUUUAUGAGGAGGGUGAUGCAAUCAAACGGAGGAAGAGAUAUGCCCGGCCUCUGGUUGAUCUUCAGAUGAAGAUGUACUAUCAUGAGGGGAUGGAGCCUUGGAACCCAAAGAAAAGGAUGCCUAGUGAUGUGCCAGAGGGGGCAGUGCUGAUCCGGGAGCACACAACUAUGAGUGAUUUGUUCAGCUGUCUCUGGUUCAACGAGGUCAAUCUUUUCACGCCUCGCGAUCAGCUCAGCUUUGGCUACGUGGUGUAUAGGCUUGGAGAUGCUCUUAAAUUCUUCAUGUUCCCAAACUGCGAGUACAAUUCGCUGUUCAUUUUGCACAGACACACAAGGGAACACUCAUCAAAAGUCGAGUGGGCUAAAACAAUCGAUGAGAUCGUGAAAAAGGGAUUGAAGGAGAGCAAGGGAGGAUUAGGGCUGUGGACUCCAUACCCUGCAGACCUGAGCUCUGUCGAACUCCCCAGUGUAAAAAGAACUUCGCCAGCAGGCUAAGCUGGGAAACUACCUGAACAUGAUUUCGUGAUUGUGCAAAGUAGAGCCCUCGUUUUUCUUUUCUUUUCUUUUCUUUUGAUCAGAGGAAAUUGUGUAGUUUCUCAUGUUGAUUCUGGUGCAUAUGAAAAAUGAUGGCACUAUAGGUUAGCACUUUACUUGUAGCUUUGUGACUUCAUUACUGUGCCAAAUUCUGCGCCAACACUGUAACUAUACGUAAACCAAUCGUGGUAUGAGCUAUUGUUUCCAAGGAAAUGUUAACGGCUGGCAUCAGAGGAUUCA